UCCCACUGUAUUACUUCCGGGUACCGGGUAGGAGGAGAGGCACCAAAAAUUAGCUUAACCGAAAUGACCGAACGUUGCUGACAGUGAUACUUGGCUCUGUGAACGUUCUGAGGGUUUAGUUAGAACUCCAAAUAGUGCACUAUGUUUUUAAAUAACAUUUUUCCGUGUAUGUAACAUGUAAACCUGCUCGGACGUUUUCCAGGCUCGGGAUCGGGAGUCUGCUGGUUUUGUUUACUUGAAACAAAAGUUCUAACAAGUGCCUACACUGUACCGUUACUUUGUUACAUGUACGUGCCCUGAGCUGAAUGAACAAAAUUUAUCUCACAAGUCCUACACGUGGAUAACCGUGUUCCAGUCAACUACAUCUGGACAGUUUCUGACCAUUUAAGUUGCAGUCAGUUCCUUAUUUGACGAUAAACAUAACCGACCCACAAUGAGCCGAUUUGUGGACAGCUUUUGGGACACUGAAUUCAACAGCACAAAUGGCUACGAAGUGUUGCUGAAACGUAUGAAAGAGGGGCGGGAAAUGUGCAAAGAUUACGAAGAUUUCCUAAAGCAGAGAGCAAAAGCAGAGGAAUCUUUUGGCAAAACUCUUCUCAAGAUCUCGAGGACUUCAGGAGGAAAGGAAGAGAUUGGAACAUUGAAGGCAGCGUGGAGUGAGGUAGUUACACAGACCGAGCUCUGUGGCCAAGCCCACAUUGACAUCUCAAUCAGGCUAGGGGAUGAAGCGAAGAAGGUGGAGGAAUUCAGGGAGUCGCAAAAAGAUCUGCGGCGGAAAUCAGAGGACGCCAUCAAGAAGCUCAUCACUGCCAAGAAGGACCAGUACAACAAAGUCGUCCAUAGCAAGCGAAACUAUGAGAGUAAAUGUAAGGAGGCAGAUAUAGCUGAUGACAGCUACAUGAAAGGCCGACUGGUUGCACCAGCCAAGGAAAUAGAUAAGAUGGCAUUGAAGAAGGACAGGACUAGGCAAGCAGCCUCAGUUGCUGAUGCACAGUACCAGAAAGAUGUAGCCUCAUUAGACCAGACACGGCAACAGUGGGAAGAACAGAUGGCGCAACUGUGUGUGAUUUUUCAGCAACUGGAGACAGAAAGAAUUCGCUUCUUACGGAAUGCAAUGUGGGUCUUUGCCAACAUUAUAUCCCUACAGUGUUGCAGUGAUGAUGGGAAUUCUGAAGACAUGAGGAAAGCUCUAUCGGAAUGCCAUGAAGACAAGGAUAUUCAGCUGUUUAUUUCGCAGAAGAGGACUGGAAGCAGCAGGCCAGCACCCAUUGUGUAUGAGUGUUAUUACAGAGACAACAUGAUGGGCAAAAGUGGGGGUGGAAUAACUAACAGUCGAAGCAGGCAAACCUUGCCUCCAAUUCCCGGCGGCCCGCCCAAGAUAGAUCAGACCCGAGCCUUGCCCUCACCCCCGCCGCAGUCUCCACCCAAUCAUGCUGGAAUUUAUUCCUCAAUGGGUGAGUAUUCCACAGGAGUUGUGGGAGAAUCGUCCAGCAUAAAAACCAACAAGUUCAUGGCCAAGUUCGACUACGAUGCACAGGGACCUGAAGAAAUGAGCAUUAAGGCAGGCGACAUCCUCACCAUCAUAGACAGGGAAGAUGAGACAUGGUGGUAUGCAGAGUUGGACGGCAGGAAGGGCCACGUGCCAGCAGAAUAUCUCGGCCCCUAUGCCAACACCGGCGAAGAACUGCACAACACAUUUCUCUGAUAUCCCCAGAAGGCUAAGCAGAAGAAAUCUUUUUACACAGGUUUUAAAUUUUUUUAGGGGGAGGCGAGGGCAGUGUUGGGGAACAGCAGUUUACUUUCCAUUAUAUUCUCUCAUCCAUAGGCAUAAUUGUAAAUGAAUAAAUGUGAUGACUUUUUUUCUUGCAAUUCUUUUGAUACGACAGUUUAUCCAAUUAUUUGUGGCCCACCUUCCCAAAACCAGGCUGAAGUCAGUAUUCGUGAUGUUGGACAAUUCCUCUCCUUCAGCUUUUUUUUUACACUUCAAAGUGGUCCGUGCUAAAUCGAAAUUCUGUCUGCAGUAAGCUUCUUACGGGUAGUGAUAGCUGCAAACCUUCCAUGAAAAUAUGAACGGUGAAAGUUCCACUUUUUAGGGUUAUGAAGUUGCCCACUUCAGUCUGGUUUGGGGAUGGUGGGUCACAUUUUUAACCAAGUCAGAUAUUAAAACAGCCAAGUUUUGUUGUCAGGAUGAAUUGUGUUAAAGAAUCCUAAAACUUCCAGGAAAAGAGAGCAAUAUUUUAUACUUUUUAACAUUUGUAUUUUUUUUGUACAAAUUAAGUUUAAGUUGUGUAUUAUAUAAUGGAAUUCGUACAGGAAAUUUCAUAUUGUGGAAGAAAUUUAUAAAAUUCAGCAGUACUCAACUACAGUCGUCUUUGAAGAUGAUAAGAUGCUGCUGAGAUGAUAAUUUUGCAUAUAUUGAGGAUUGACAAAGGACUCCCUUGCCUAAAAUACAUUCUAAUCCAUGAUAUUUCUCUGUUGGGGCUUAUUAGGAAGCUGCUGCCGAAGCUGCUUACUAUGGGCUAUUGCUUAAAUUUUGUCAUGGCAAACCAGCCUCCGCUUAUGUGUUAUCCACGUUUUCAUAAUGUGGAAGCCCUUCCACCGAAGACAUUAUGAUAAAAACCUGGAAGAAACAUUGUACAUGUAUAUUAUAUUUUUCUAGGGGAAUAUAUACUUUCAUCCUUGGAUGAAACAAAUUUCUGUAGCCAAUUAAUUAAUUAAUUGUCUUCCUUCAGUUCCCCUUGUUCUGAAAAUCAGUGGCUAAGGACUCAGAAACAUGUAGAGCGGCUGUGGUUGGUUGUUGUCGCCUGAUUGAUCAAUUAUUUGUUAUUAGACAGAGGUUAGGGCCUUUCGUGAUUUUUUUUUCAUGACGGGUAUUGCCCUAACACUAACAUUCGUGUAUAUUUAUGACACUUUGCUCAGUGUUUGAGAGCUUGCGAAAAAUUCACAAGCCUACUCGGGUGGGACUUCAACCCACGACGUCCGGUCCGAGUCAGAUGAAGCAGCGGAUACUGUCAAGUACUUCAAGAGAUGUACUUUGUGUCGGGAAGAUGCACCAGCCAGCCGACCCUGGCAAGCUCGAUAGUCGAGUGCUUCAGAUGUCUGCACUAGUAAGCAGAAGCUUGUGGGUUGGAGUCCCACCCAAGAGAGCUUUGAUUUUGUUGGCAAGCUCUGGGACGAACACUGAACAUACAGUGAUAUAUUAGACAUGUAUGUCAGUUACCAAUAAAUUUACAAAUGGCGCGGGGAAUGAGAAGUUGUCAGCUGUGUCUUAUUAAACCAAUGUGACCAGAGAGAUAUUGCAUUGUUAUCAAGGAAACUUAAACUUCAAAUCUGUGUAUAUUGCUCAGGCUAUAGUCAUAGUUUGUGUUAGCCAGAGCUGUAGGCUACGUUCUUCCUAUUGCUGUUUAAAAUGUUACAUGACCAGAGUUACAUCACGAGUCAUUCAGUCUCGCAUGAUUCACACCCUUUUCAGUUGAACUGUGUCGCACGCAUCCCUUCGCUAGUCACACCCAGCGCGAAACCGAUGCGAAACGUAUCUCUUUCUGUUCUUUGUCACUGCGCAUCCCUUGGACCUGUCAGGUGACAGGCAAAAUGGCUUGUCAUUGGUCUCUGUUUGACUGCAUUAAAACAAAUUUCUCAAAUCCAAAUGGCGGCGGGAAGGGACGAUGGUCGACAAUGUGACCUGGUCAUGAUGUAAUGGAUUGAAAAUUUGUCACUGAAAUCGAAAUAAAUCUUCUAUUAAACACGACUUUAGGAUUUUCUCUUCAGAAUUUAAGUGAUUACGUCGGGUGAAUUUAAGGGCGGAUAUUAUAUGCACUUUUUAUUCCGUAGAGUUUUAGAGACUUUUCUUCACCAUCCUAUUUGUAUACACGUAUCUUGCAUUUUGUGUCUUUGCACUCCAUAGUCAGCAAAGUUUAAGAAAAAUAAAUUCCCAGAGGACAAUA